AUGGAGGCGCCAUCACGAUACAGGGAGCCUGCUGGCCUUCCCAGCAUCCUUAUAGAUUCGAACCCCAGAUCCUCCGACCGAUCGGACCCGUUCAGCAUGUACUCGUCUUCUGUUGCCGUAUCCAUUCCUGGUUCAGACAGAGGAAUCAACGCGCCGCCCCCGUUACCUCCUCCACGAAUGCCUUUUGAAAGUCCUAUGCAUCCUCAACAGGAGCCCAGACAAUACCACCGCGACCCGUCAUCCUACAGCCCUAGGGAACACGGUGGCUACGAUAGCUUGAGCAGCUUCGAUGACAGGCCUCACUACAAGAGAGCAGGCUACAGGCACGAACGAGAUGAGGGUUAUGCCAGCAUGGGCUCGGCCUCGUCUAGAUCCGAAUGCUCAUUGCCAAGCAUUAGUGCUGGUUUCGGACUGCACCACAACAAGUUCCAGUUCCAGUCCGGCGCUGACGCCUUCACCGACAUGAAGAAGAAGCUCGACCCUUUAAAGACCUUUGAUAACAGGCCGAGCGUGUCUCUGUUGAGUGCCUCUAGCGCUUCUUCCACAGACCCCUUCUCGAGAAGAUUGUCCGGUGACCUGAGAUCUCCGCUUUCCAUGCCCUCCGCGACCCUGCCGUAUCACCUGAAGACAAACGUGCUGGAUUCGCCCGACAGUUACACCAACACUCCUCCUCAUUCUGCCGUCACGCCCUCACCAAGAAGCCAGCCUUUCCACUUGGGCCAAGAAUACUCGCCGCCUACCAGGUCAAGAAGGAACAACAGUGACGAUGCAUCUUCGCACAGUUACGAGGUGGAGGAUAUGGAGAUGGAGGAGACCAACUCAAUGAAAAGACUACGUAUCGAGGACCCAUUGCGAGCGCACUAUGAUGGUGCAGGAGUCAAGCGCCGCGCAUCGGCCGACCCCGACGACAGUGUGCCGAUUGGCUUCACGACCCAGGGCGAUUUGAUGCGUCGCCGCGAUGGUAACUCGAGAGGCUCCCCCACGCCCCGAUUGAGCGUCAUCCCGCAAGGGUCUGUAACCUCUGUGUCCUCCAGCGGGCGCGCCGGUUCCUACAGCUCCAAUUUGUCGCUGCUCACUGGCAGCAUCGCCAGCAUGGGUGCGUCUUCGUAUGGACGUGUAUCUCCCGGCGGUAUCUCACCUGGCGGCAUUUCACCAAACGGUACCGACCCUAGCUGCAGCUCGCCUUACAGUGCGUCCAUGUCACUGAACCCCUCACCUCGUGGCUCGUUGUCCCGUGCGCCUCACCAGCGAACCAUCAGCGAAAACAGGCCACUCGCUUCCCCGCGCAAGCUCGCCGAGGUUGGCAAGCCUGGCAGCGCCAAGAUCUCGGGCUUCUUCAUGUGCGACUGUUGUCCCAAGAAGCCAAAGAAGUUCGAGACGGCCGAAGAGCUACACGCACACGAGGCAGAGAAGCAGUACGAGUGCUCGUUCUGCGGCAACCGAUUCAAGAACAAGAAUGAAGCGGAACGCCACCAGAACAGUCUCCACGUACGCAGACACAGCUGGAGCUGCUCGGCUCUGCACAGUUACGACCGCGCUUUCCACGACAGCACCAACCGACCCGGAGAAGCUGACACUUGCGGCUACUGUGGAGAGGAAUUCCCGCGCAACGGCCGGGGACCUGGUGCGACGGCACCCCGUCAUGCCACGGACCAGGAUUGGGAGGAGCGUAUCCGCCACCUGCAAGAGGUUCACAAGUUCCGGGAGUGCAACGCCAGCAAGAAGUUCUUCCGCGCAGACCACUUCCGACAGCACCUCAAGCACAGCCACGCUGGAACCAGCGGAAAGUGGACCAACAUGUUGGAGAACGCCUGCAUGCUGGAUGAGGAUCCCACCCCCAGGUAG